AUGAUUAUAUGCAAUUAUGAAAAUAUGUUAAUUUUAUUUAACAUCUAGCCUAUAUUGUAUUAAGAAUACUUCCAAUAUAAAAUAUGAAAUUAUUUAAAACCAAGAAUUCAAUCAAGCGCAGCAUAAUUUAUUAAAUUUUUUUAAGAUGUCUAAAAGAUCAAGCGUAAGUGACUUUGAAAUAAUUGGAAAGCUCGGAGAAGGAAGCUUUGGAACAGUUUUCAAGGUGAGAAGAAUAGGUAAUAUUUAUUUCAGUUGACAAUAACAUUUAUGUUAUGAAGAUAAUCAAGAUUUCUCAAAUGGAUAAAAGAGGCCAGCAAGAAUCAAUAAAUGAGGUUCGAAUAUAGCUUAGAUACGCAUUUAAGGUAGUCUCAGACUAGCAAGGUUCAAAAAUUGAUCAAGUGAUAAGGUGACGAACCUGUAAACUAAGCCAAUAGGCUAGUAUUAAUUCAAAAUGCUCAAUUUUUGAGCAUAAUCUGUAUCAAGGAAUGCUAAAAGUGUACCCAAUCUAUAUUAGCAAGUUUAGACAACCCUUACAUAGUCCGAUAUUUCGAUUCCUUUAUCGAGAAAAAUACUUUACAUAUUAUCAUGGAAUUCUGCGACAAAGGCGAUCUCAGCAAUCAAAUUAGAAUUCAGAGCGGUCGACUUUUCGCAGAAGCCAAAAUUUGAAAAUAUUUCAUACAAAUGUGCAUGGGACUCGAAUAUCCCAUAAACUAAAUAAUUGCCCUAAUAAUUUACUUCCUAAAACCUUAUGGGCUAUUCUAAGUCUAUCAAUAUAUAUUCAUUCCAAAAAAAUUCUGCAUCGAGAUAUCAAAAGCAUGAACGUAUUUUUAGUCAAAGAAGACUCCGUAAGAAUUGGAGAUUUAGGAGUGGCCAAGGUUUUAUCAAGCACAGCCGCAUUUGCCCACACAACGGUAGGCACUCCUUACUACUUAUCUCCAGAGCUGUGCGAAGAAAAGCCUUACAACGUAAAAAGUGAUGUGUGGGCAUUAGGAUGCGUUUUAUAUGAAAUGUGCACAUUAAAACACCCAUUUGAUGCAAAUAACCAAGGCGCGCUUAUAUUAAAAAUUCUUCGAGCUAAUUAUUCCCCAAUAAGUUCCCAAUAUUCUCCAGAACUCAGAGACCUUGUAACUAUGUGUUUGCAUAAAGAUUAUAAAAAAAGACCAUCAGUAUCCGGGAUUCUUAAACUGCCAGGAAUGCGAGAUAGAGCGAAUUCAUUAAAUAUCCCGAUACCUAAUGGGUCAGUUUUAUCUGAAAUUCCAGCUCCUAAAGUAAUUCCAGCGCCUUAUCAAAGCAGAAUGGAUGUAAUUGAAGAAGAAAAAGUUAUGAAAAUAAAUAGUGACGCUUCAAAAGCUGGAGAUAUAGCGAAAAAACCUGUCCUUUCAAAGUCACCUUCUGCACAAGGUAGGAUUUCUGCAGGCAAACCUGAUAUUCCAAGACCUGCACCAGUUCAGCCUAAAGUAAAUAAACCUAUUGAAAAUCCAAAACAGGUAUAGAACUUUUCUCUUCAAUAGCGCGAUAAGGCGUGCUUCCUGGUUUGACUAAAAGGUCUUUGGACCCAUGAAAAUCUGAUGUUCCUUCUUUGUAAGAGAGUCAUACAGUGAAAAUAAAGAGUUCUGGCUGAUCAAUCUCGAGAACUUAAAGAGAGGCUAUUUGCAAAUUUACACUUUUGGUUCGUCAAAUGGAUCUGGCGAGCCAAUUCUGGCCAGUACUUGAAAUUAUAAAUGAUAGUUGCCAGAAUUUUAUUAAUUUUCUGAUGGCAAGUAUGAUCAGAAUUUUAAUAAAUAGCACAGGAUAAGGCAACCCACUUAAAAAAUAUUGUUAAAUUAAAGUCCCAUUUUAUAAAAGAUAUAAUAAAUUUUAAAAAUUAUUAUUUUUAUUUUAAAAAUAUUUUUUUAUAAAAAUUGAUAUAAUUAUUUUAAACUUUUAUUUUUUAACAUUUGAAAGAAAUUUAAAAAUAUUAUAACUCCCCCCCCCUCCGUGAGUGAACAAAAUUUUAAUAACAUUAGUAAAGUUCGUAAAGAGCAACAAGCGCUUAGCACAAACUUUGGCUUUUAUAAAACAUUUAAUCAUAAUUAAAUUGGCAUCAUUAUUUAGAAAAUCUAUCCUUCCGCAAAAACACAACAACUCGAUAAACGAGUUUUUAAUUAUUAACUCCAUUUUAAUUUUCUAACGAAAACAAUAUGAGUCAUUAGUAAGUUCGUAAAGAGCAACAAGCGCUUAGCACAAACUUUGGCUUUUAUAAAGCAGUUAGUCAUAAUUAAAUUGGCAUCAUUAUUUAGAAAUUUAUCCUUUCGCAAAAACACAACUCGAUCAACAAGUUUUUAAUUAUCAACUCCAUUUUAAUUUUCUAACGAAAACCAUAUGAGUCAUUAGUAAGUUCGUAAAGAACAACAAAGCGCUUAGCACAAAUUUUGGCUUUUAUAAAGCAGUUAUAAUUAUUACCAAAGGAAUUAUUAGAUCGGUUUGAAAGGAAAUAAGUUGUCUGAUCCUGUGCCAUUUAUUAAAAUUCUGAUCAUACUCACCAUCAAAAAAUUAAUAAAAUUCUGGCAACUACCAUUUUUCAUUUCAAGUACUGGCCAGAAUUGGCUCGUCAGAUUCAUUUGACGAACCAAAAUGUAAAUUUUUCACACAGCCUCUCUUCAAGUUCUCGAGAUUGAUCAGGCAGAAUUCUUUAUUUAGGCUGUUUUUCUCCCCUAUGAAUAAAGGAUAGCAAGUUUUCAUAUGUUUAAGAUCAUCUGAUAAAACCUAGGAAUGCGCCUUAUCGCGCUAUUGAAAGAAACUUCUAUACCUAAAUAUGCCCCAGUCCCUGAAAUCCCAAAAUUCCAUGGAAAUCAAAAAAAAGCCCAAGACGAGCCUAUAAAAUUUGAUCAGCCAAGACCGAUUUCAGCUUUGAAUGCACAUAGAGUUCCAGCCAAUAUAAAAUCAGCUCCAAAGCAAAAAGUGCUGAAACCUGCUAUUCCACAAUAUCGGCCACCCCAAAGACCAAAAGAAAUCCCUCAAAGUGCUAGACGAGCUAGUGCGGACGUCAAUAAAAAACUUUCUGAUAUAGAGUCGAUCCCAAAGCUUCCUGAAUACCCUAAAAAGAUCAGUGUAAAAGACUUAAGAGAAGAAGCUAAACAAGAAUCCCCAGUAAAGCCAAAACUCGAGCGUCCAAAAUUAGUAAAAAUAGAAACAAAAAAGCAUGAAUUUUUGAAUAAACCAGUGAUUUCUUUAUAUUUUUUGAAUGAAGAGAAGCCAGUUAUCCAAAAACCCCAAAUACAAAACAAAAUCCAAGAACCUCAAUUUUCAGUCCACAUAGAAGAAUCACAGCUCUCAACUAAAAUAAAUUCAGAAUCUUCAGAAGAAGUAAUUAAUAAGCAGGAAUAUGAAGAAAUGACUACACAUUCAUUGGAUAACCCAGAUACAUACAGAAACUAUGAAGAGGAAACGAUUCCAAUAUCAGUGACUCAAAAUUUUGACAAUUCUAUAUAUAGAGUUCAUUAUGUAAAGCCACAAUCUAUAUCUUAUUUAUUUAAUCCUUUCAGCAUGGCUAUAUAUAGAUAAUAUUAAAUAUAUCUAAAACAAACCCUUUUCUCAUUUUUCUAAAUGCCAGACUGAUUUCUCAAUUAAAAGCCAAUAAAGUGGGUAGACAAUAUAAUUUAAUUUAAUAUACUCCAAGUGAAGCAAUUUCAUCUGAUAGUGAAGACCAGGCUUAUGAAGAACCGAGCUCUAGCAGUAGUGAAGAUCAAUUUUGGAGCAGUGGAGAAGAGGAGGAAGAAGAAGAUGAAGAAUUCAGCAAAACUAGACAAGGAAUGCAAAUCAAGCUAGUUGAGUAUGCCAAAAAAGAAGAAGAAUUUGAAAAAAUGAUCAACCAAAAAAAGAAAGAACUAAUCAAAAAAGUCGGAAAAUCCACUUAUGAAGAAAUUUAUCAAUAUUUCAAAGCAAAAGCAAACGUAAUUUAAACACAGGAAAAAUCUGAGCUAACUACUCAAGAAGAAGCAGCAAUCGAAGAAUUCGUUUCUUUGAAGAUUUCAAGUGAAAAUAUUGAAGUAAUAUACACAAUGUAUAAAAUUUUGCAUUUGGAAGACGAAUUAGCUAGGUUUAGAGAGGAGUCUUCUCAGCUUCAAAAAAAGCUGUCAUAA